UGCGCGCUCCACUGUACGACACGUACAGGUUUUACGUCGACAAGCGGGCAGACUUCCUCAUGUGAGGCUAGGAUUCUGUGUUUGCCAGCCCUGGUUAAACAUUUUGGCUGACAAGAUCCUGAGAGAAAUACCGACACAACAGUGGGAUCAAGUCGUCCAGUUACAGCGGUGGAAACAGUAGACUGUACCAUGAACGGACAGCUGGACCUGAGCGGCAAGCUGAUCAUCAAGGCCCAGCUGGGCGAUGACAUCAGACGCAUCCCCAUCCACAAUGAGGACAUCACCUAUGACGAGCUGGUGCUGAUGAUGCAGCGCGUCUUCAGGGGCAAGCUGCAGAGCAACGACGAGGUCACCAUCAAAUACAAGGACGAGGACGAUGACCUCAUUACUAUUUUCGACAGCUCGGACCUGUCUUUCGCCAUCCAGUGCAGUAGGAUACUCAAACUCACUCUCUUCGUGAAUGGUCAGCCGAGACCUCUGGAGUCCUGUCAGGUCAAGUACCUGCGUAAGGAGCUCAUUGAGCUCAGGAACAAAAUCAACGGUCUCUUGGAAUGUCUGGAGCCCCCCUCAGAACCUGGCCUGGCUGCCUCCGCGCUAGACAGGGACUCGGUGGAUGUAUGUGAGGGGAGGGUGGUGGCGGCGGMGAAGCAGGCCCCGGUCCCAGUCAGUGCGGCCAGCAUGUCGGCCUUCGACCCCCUGAAUAAGCAGGACGAAGUCAGCAAGAACGUCAUGUCCGCCUUUGGCCUGAGUGAGAACCAUGUCCCAGCCCCCCCGGGUGUUUCGUCUGUGGAGCGGUCAGAUACUCCAGAAAGCAUUGCAUCAUCCUCGUCCGCCGCCCUCCAGCCACAGGCCCCCUACGCAGGGAUGCAGCAGGGACCCCCAGCAGCCCUCGACGGUCAGAUGUACCAGCAGUACCAGUCUCCAGGUGGAUACCCUCCSCAGCAGCCAGCACCGCAGCAGCAGUAUGGCAUGCAGUACCCUGCAGGAUGCACCCCCCAGCCCGGCACCCCUCAGCCUCAACAACAGCAGUUCCAGAACUACCCUGCCCCCAACUCCCAGGGCCCCGCACCCAGCCAGGGCCCAGCCCCCGGCUUCCAGGGAGGCCAACAGCAGGCCGCUCCACCCCAGGGACCCCAGCAGUACCCCCCAGGGGCCUUCCCUCCCCAAAACUACACCUCCCAGGCCAACCAGCCUGCCAACUACAGCCUACCCCCCACCUCCCAGUCUGGCCAGGGUUACCAGGCCCGUCCCAGCUACACUCCUCCCCCCGGUAGCAACGUUACCCCCCCUCCUGGGGCGUCCAACCCCUAUGCCCGCAACCGGCCCCCCUUCGGCUCGGGCUAUGCCCAGCCUGGCCCUGGGUACCGGUAAAAGAGAAGGAAUGGAAACACACACACCCACCCCUCCCCUUUGUGUCCUGGCUGGCUCUGUUUGGCCUGGGUUUGGUAAACAUGGUCUGCUAAUCUGUCCAUCCGUCCUUCUGUCAGUCCUCAGUCACUGAUGAGUCCKUAUCCAAAACKAACUACAAKCCCCCCCCCCCCAUCUGAUCGUCUGUGCUCUGUCUCGACCCCACCACCACACACACAAACCCAUGUUAUUGUCUGUGUUCUGUCUCGACCCCACCACCACACACACACACACACACCCAUGUGUUAUUGCCCUGUUAUUUGAAAUUCAAUGUUUCCUACCCACACUCUCCCCCCUAUGUGUCUGUCAUCAGGGUGGGCUCAGUUUGAAUUGACGGCAGUCAAUUCAGGAAGAAAACUCUAAUGUACAAUUCAAUAAUAAAAAAGGGCAUUUUCAAUGACUUCUCAAUAAACUGAGAAGUCGAAGGUAUUUAUUUCAAAAUGUUUUAAUUUCGAAUUGACUGCCUUCAGUUCAAAUUGUGCUCAACACUGGUGAACAUGUAGUCAGUCUGUAAGCACAAUCAGCUGGGAGAACAAAACAGGCUGGAAUAUGAAAGCUGUCUAUCAUUAUCAUCAUCAGACUUUUUCUUGUCUGACAGCUGUAAAUGCACCUGUAUACGCUGGUCAACAGAUGAUGUUGAUUCGUUUGGCAUUUAACUGAUCUUUUGAGGAUAUAGUUUGCUGAGUGUCAACCGAUGCUGGUGUUCAAAAUGGUGUUCAUCCCCUUUUUUAAAUUAUUUUUUUACAACUUGUUUUCAUCACCGCCAUGUUGAUAUUAAGACGUGUCAUGGAAUCUGCCUCUCGGUUGAGUACAAUAUGGGAGGUGUAGUUUUGACCUUCCAGAAGGGACCUACCAUGUUUAGCCUCUUAGAUCACCUCCUUAUGGUUUAURGCUCUCUCUCUCAUACAUUUUUGUCCCUCACUGGUUUGUAUUAAUAUAUCAGUCAGAUUUUCCACCUUGAAGUGUCAUUUAGUUUGUUUAAACUGAAACAUUUUCUCUAAAACCUAAUAAAGGCUUUGAAACCUUGAA